CCAGCAUAAACUCAUCAAACCAACCAAGACAGCAGCACAUGCAUUGAAACACAGGCAGAAAAAAACUUUUCUCUGUUCCAAAUUCCUUGAUUCUUUCUUUAGAUCUCUCCUUCCUCUGUCAAGCACAAACCCUGGUCUUUCUUUAUAAGAAAGGAAAAACCUUUUUUUACAUAGGCAUACAAUAAAGUUUCAUUAUUUUCUUUUUUGGAUAAAAACAGAGAUGGGUUACAAAAACAGAGCAGAAGCUGAAACAGAGGCAUGCUUAAACGAGGCUUUAUUGUUUGCUACUAUGUGUGUAAUUGGACUCCCUGUUGAUGUGCAUGUUAGAGAUGGUUCUGUCUACUCUGGAACCUUUCACACUGCUUCUUUUGAUAAGGAAAACGGUGUUGUUUUGAAGGAAGCAAGAUUGACUAAGAAGGGAAAAUCUGAUGCAAAUGUAGCUAAUGGGAGUGUGAUAGAGACACUUGUAAUUCUUUCGACUGAUAUUGUCCAAGUUGUUGCUAAGGGAGCUCUGUUUCCAGCUGAUGGCGUCACUGGGAAUAUAUCUGGUGGCAAUGUAGAAGCUGCUUUAACGAAUGCUCCGUCUUCUGAGAUUGUAGCGAGCGAGGCAAAGAAAUCUAACAAGUUCACUGUGGAUAAAAAGAAAUCUAAUCACAACAGUAGGAGUUCAGUCAAAAACAAGAACGGUAAUUCCCAUGGUCUUAUGCCGACAAAAGCAGGGAAGGAUCCUGAAGGGAGAAAAAUGCCACCAAAUCAAAUAGGAAAAAAAAUGGAAUUUGAACAUGGGGAAAGAGAUGGUGUACAUAUCCCAAAGAGAGAAGCUUCUUCUGGUGACUUAGUUACUGGAAGUUAUUUUUCUGGCAGACAGACUAGAGAUGACAGGUCACAGGAGGAGCAGGGUCACUAUAAACAGAAGUUUGAUUUUCAAACAGAAAAGAGUGCUGAUGAAGUUCAUAGCCCAAAUGAAAUCACGGGGCCUCAUGACAGUGAAGCAAAACCCAUUGCAGAAGGGCGAGUAACAGUGAAGCUGUUGCCUAAUGUUGGAUCUUGUAAUCCUGAUGGUGAUCCUAUGAAGCCAGACAGUCAAUACUGUGGAAGGCCAGCUUCUGCAGGAACCACUUCUCCUAGUUCUGUUUGUGCUACAGUUUCUACUGCUUCCAAUCCAAUGGUUGAUGUUCCUUCACAAUCACACUGCAGCUCAUCAGCAAAUUCUACUGAUGUGGCCUCUCCACAAGUUUCAGAAUCUAAUAGAAGUUCCAAGGCAUUCAAGCUCAAUCCAGGAGCAAAAAUUUUUUCUCCUUCCUUUUCCAAUCCUACAUCAGCUAAUGCUCCAGCAGGACCAGCAGUUCCAAGUAUGGCUUACAUACCAAGCAACUCUCCUGUGGUACCUGUUGCUGCUGUCCAGCCAGAAGUUGGGAUCCCUUAUGCACCUCGAUUAUCUGUUCCUGCUAAGUUUCCCCCCUACAGUAACUUGACAGCUGUAAAUGGUGGCAGUGGUUCUCAAUUUUCACAACCUGUUGCUGGACACGUGGGAACUAGAGUACAGUCACUUAGAUAUGCUGGUCAGUAUCAUGCUGUUCAGGCAGCACCAUCAUAUGCACCACCAAAUUCUCAAUCCGUUAUGGUUGGACGGAUGGGGCAGCUUGUGUAUGUUCAGCCAGUUUCUCAUGAUUUGAUUCCAAUUGCAGCACCCAUAUCAAAUGUAUCUGCACGUCCUCUGUUAACUCCACACCAGGUGCAGUAUCCUAAACACCAAGGAGGUGCAACCGGCCAAACCUUGCAGCUUUGUGUGACUCCGCCUUUUGUAGGUGGACAGCAACCAUUUGUAGAGCCAAGCCACAUUCCUUACCUUCAGCCACCCAUCCCUGCUAUCCGUCCCAUUCCAGUUCCAGGAUCUAAUACUCUCUUUGGCACCAAGUUUCCAUGAGCAUGCUCCACAGUGAAAUCAAGAUUCUUUUUCAUGAACAAUAAAUUUUUGGUCCAUAGUUUUUACUGAAACGCAUUUAGCAAUAGGUUAUAGUUGUAUCUCUCAUCUUCAAGGUUUAACUGGUUUCAAUGACUCUUUGUAAAAUCUGAUUUGAGGGUAAUUUUUUAUAUGGUGAUUCAUGUUGUAAACAUGUAGGGUUGGUUUUCUGUUUCGGUGGAAAA